UGACAUUAGCGUUUUACUGCGUAGCAGCGGACAGCAGCAGCUGCAUCAGCAGCUGAUAGCCUUGAUAACGACAACAAACUAUGAUGAUUAUGUGAUAACGACGUGAAGAAAAUAAAAAACAGUCGCAGUAGUAAUAAUAAUAAUAACAGUAAUAUAAUAUUUAUUGCCAUUGUCGCUUAAAAAUUUCGCAAUGGAAUUGAAAAUAUAUUAUUUUCGUUCAAAAACAUGAAAUGUUUCUACACACAAAUCGCUGAUUCUCGUUGUGACUUUUUUUUCUGCCAUCAUCUCAGUGUUGCAACGGCCUGUAAUUGCUUUUUUUUACUUUAAGCUUUUGACGUUUUUUCUCGGACUGUGUGACCAUGUAUAUUAUUGUCAUCACACCUGAGUAAUUUGACUUGCUUUGAAAUGACAAUAUUGACGCUUAACCUCUGGACCAUUGAACCACUAAACCGUGUUUGACCCGAUCUCAAAGAUUUCAAAAAUGUCAGCAGACUCUCCAUGUAAAGCGUCCAAAAACCUGAUCGGCAAGAUAGUGCUGCCCGGCCCCAUUGUUGAUCGAUCUAUCAUCGACAGUGUUGCUGGGUUCAUUAAUGACGUCGUCCCUCAUGGAUAUUCUAACAUUUUAAAUGUAGACAGUAGAGAAAAAAUUCUGUGGACGCAAUUUGAAACACUAGAAGCUAAUGAAUUCCCUUCAAACUUUGAGAAUGAUGAAUCGCUCAUGUCUGGUGUAUCACCAAUACUUCUUAUUUUGGGUUAUGGAUUUGGUGUUCAAGUAUGGUUUAUUGGUGCCAACGGUGAAGCAUAUGAAGUUUUAUCUUGGUCUCAAGGAGUAGUCAAGAUUUUAAAAUUCAUACCUUCACCAUUGCCGGAAUUGAAAUUUCGACAAGACCCAUUUGCUCAUAAAAGGCCAUUAAUUGCACUGUGUGAUAACUCUGGCGCUGGACCACAGUUUUGUUCUGUCAGUUUUAUAUCAUUGACAUGUGGAGAUGUGGUAAAAACAAUUAAAUUUAAAAAUACUGUAGUUGAUAUUGCUGUAAAUAGGUUUGCUAUAGCAGUAGUAUUUGUAGAACGAAUUGCAGUGUUUGAUGCCCUCACUGUGGAAGACAUAACUACAAUUACUACGUGUUAUCCUAGUCCUGGAAUUAAAUUAAACCCAAUCGCAUUGGGAACAAGGUGGUUGGCGUAUUCAGAUCAAAAGUUGAUCUCUUGGAACCGAUCUACGGGUGGAUAUGAGGGCGAGAAUGGUCAUUCAUAUACAGCUACGGUUUUACACGCAGCAAAAUCAUUAAGCCAAAGUUUGAGAGAUUUAAGUGGCUCUGUAGCAAAUAGUAUUACAGGCGUGCACAAUUCAAAUUCAACUCAUAACAUAUCAGUUGCAAAUGACUCUAAUCAAAUGAAUCCAGGAAUAAUUACCAUAAUUGAUAUCAAAAAUAAAGUGUUAAAGGAAAAUACCCCACAAGGUCCUGAUAUUAUUGCUCAUUUUUCAGCACACUGUGAGGCUAUUGUGGCCUUAAAUUUUGACCAGUCUGGUCUCAUGUUAGUGACUGCUGAUAAAAACGGUCAUAGAUUUAACGUUUUCAAAAUACAUCCUAGUAUAUUAGGUUCUUCAUUUGCAGCUGUUCAUCAUUUGUAUACGUUACAUAGAGGUGACACAACAGCUAAAAUUCAAGAUAUUCAAUUCUCAAGUGAUUCAAGAUGGGUGGCUGUAAGUUCACUUAGGGGAACAACUCAUAUAUUCCCAAUUACACCUUAUGGAGGACCUAUUGGUCUACGUACCCAUUCAACACCCCACAUUGUAAAUAAAUUAUCAAGGUUUCAUCGCAGUGCUGGUUUAGUGACUGAUGGUCGAAACAGUCCUGUUAUGACUGAAUCAUUACAGAGUUCUCAAAUUGUGUUGCCAUACUCUAAUCCUUGUGUGGCACCUGUACCACAUUCAAUUAUUGUACAUUCAUUGUGCCAAAUCCGAUCACAAAGUAAUAAAUUAAAACCUGACGAAACUGGGAUAACAACAUAUAUUAGACUGUCUACCUGUUUUUCUCAUGGUCGUGUAUUGGAUACAGCUAUGAUUAGAGAAAUGUCUAACAUAACUUAUAAUCCCAAGAAAAAUAUUGCAGAUUCUCUAUAUGUGAUGACUAGCAAUGGCAUUCUUACACAAUAUGAUAUGUAUCCUAUGCAUUCAAAUGCAAUAUCCAAAGAAAAAAUAUUUGAUGAUACGAUGAUAGAACUAAACAUUGAACCAAAAACCGAGUGGAAUCUGUACAAACCACCUCUUCAUGCAUCUACUGUUAACCCCCCAUUAAAUCGGGGUAAUCCGUUGUUAGACCUUUAUAUAAAUUUUCCAGUCACAAACCUGUCAAAUAUUUCUGAAAAGAAUUCUUUAGAAAGCAUUGAUGAACGUUGGCUAUCUCAAGUGGAAAUAAGUACACAUGCAGGCCCACAUCGACGCCUUUGGAUGGGACCACAAUUUGUAUUUAAAACUUGUAGUUCUUCAUUAGGGAGAUCAGAAUCUGAUACUCAAUUGAGUGAAAUUGAAAAUGUAUCAUUGUUAUUAAAAUCAAAUCCUGUAAGUGUUCCACAAAAUAAUAUCAACAGACAGAGCACUCCUGUGUUCAUUGAAUGCGGUUCAAAUAGUAGUUUUGAUUAUUCACCAAAAUUUUUAGACUUAAAUCAAGGCGACUCAUCUGAUGUAUCAUCUGAUCAAGGUGAAAUUAAAAUAUUGGAAGAUUUGGCAGAAGCCAUGAAUGAAAAUCUUCAAAUUAAUAAAUCAGGACUCUUCACUCUUCAAAAUAAGACUUUCAAAGAAAGGAAAUCAUGAUAUAUGUAGUCAAUCCAGAAUUGAUUUCACUAAUUCAAAUAACAUUCAGAACCUGAGGUAAUCGAUGAGAGUGACCAAAUUCUAACUCAAAUAAUAUCUACAAAAAAAUGUAAAAAAGCUAAGAAGAAAAAAAACAAGUAAUAGCUUAACCCAUUCUAUUUUUAUUAAUUUAUAUAUAACAUUUUGAAUUUAAUCAAGUUACCAAUGUUUAAGUCUAAAUCAUUUCAUUUUAAAUGAGAACUAUAUUUUGUGUCCUUUUAUUCUUAUAAUUUAAGUCAGUCAUUACUAUUCAUUGUAUAUAUAAUAAUUAUUAUUAUUAGGUUUUCAUCAUACUUAUUAUUUUAAGUUUACUUAAUCUCUUAUUUAAUUUUUGUUAAAAUGUGUUUAUUUUAUGUGUACUGAAUUGUCAAGUAUUUUGAUCAAAAAUAAAUAUAAAUAUAAUAAGAA